AGAGAGAGAGGAAGGGAGAGGAGAAUAGAGUGGAGCUGUGUUAUACAGCUUGCCCUGGCUGUAUUGAUUUGGAUUCCACAGACUGCGAUAGAGAGAGGGAAGUAUAGCCACUUUUUCAGAUGGUCUCUCUCACCUGACACUCAAACCCACUGCGGUUACAGAGGAAGGAACUGAACAUUGUCUAUCUGCGAAAGAGUGGAAUAAACACGAGAGGAACUGCACAAGCCCAACUCUGCUUGGAGGACGAGUGUGUGUUUGUGAAAGACAGAGGCAAGCAGCAAGAAAUCUUCUAUACUGAAGACCAUCACGGACCCUUGUGUUUGGACUGGUGGGACCUAGAGUGCGGAAAGCUAAUUCUGCAGGAUGCUUUGCUGUUUUUAACCCCUUUGAAUGGAUUUGAUGCGCUUUUUAAAGUACAGAAGAAGAUGCUGAAUUAGAUGUUAUGUGAUUUAUUUGUGUGUUCUAAAUUAGUGAUGUGCUUUUAUUGGUGUUCCGGACCGAAGCUGCCAUUGGAUUUGUUUUGAAAGUGAAAAGAUAGGAAAAAGCUGGAAAUCAGUGGAAAAGGCAAGAGACGUAUUAAGGGGAGGAGACAGCUUGUGAUAAUAUGAAUGGAAGGAUUCGAUGUGCGUAUGGCAGAUAUGUACAUGGAAGUCCCGCCUCCUAAUUAGAAGAGCCAAUAGAAUCUUUGCCCAUUUAAUCCCAGUCUAGAAGAUGCAGUUUUUUUGUGUUUUGUGCUAACAGUAUUAUUGUUAGUUUUAAUAUAUCUCUUUAAAUAUGCGGUUUGAUAAUCAUAGGUGUUCAAGAUGGCUACCGAGGUGUGUAUGAUAUGGACACACACAAACUAUUUUUGCCAUAAAUUCAGAUUAGUGAUGCUGUUUUUAGUCACUUUACUGCAUGGGAGGCAAGAAUGAAGCAUUUCGAGAUUUGCUCCGCCCUCACCCCACCCUCAGCCACACCUUUUAUCAGCACAUUGGCCCCGCCCCCUUGUGAUCAUGCAAGUGCUGCAGAUUGUUAAGGAGCUGGUGUCGCCCUCUCGCCGCCGCGCCAGUAGCCGAUUCACAGCGUCUGAUUCCGAGCAAGAUGCUGCAGUGAAGUUGGAACAGGAGCGAGCUGAGAUACUCGCCAAAUAUGACAAGGGUAAAGAAAAAGCGGAGGUGGAGCCGUGGGAGGAGGCCAAUUUUGAACUGUAUAAAGCAGUGGAUCGUUUUGGAUUCCUACAUGAGGGUGAGCUUGUGUAUGACAUAGUGGAGGAAAAGCAAAAGCAGCUGGAAGUGGAGAGAACGACAAAAUGGCUGAAAAUGUUGAAGAGCUGGGAGAAAUACAAGAACAGCGACAAGCUGGUGCGGAGGAUCUACAAGGGAAUCCCGCUGCAGCUCAGAGGACAGGUGUGGUGUUUGCUGCUCGACAUCCCCAAAAUCAAGGAGGAGAAGAAGGACUUCUAUGAGAAGCUGAAGAUCAGAGCGAGGGGUUUGUCUCCAGAUGUCCGUCAGAUUGAUCUGGAUGUGAAUCGGACGUACAGAAAUCACAUCAUGUUCAUGCACCGCUAUGAUGUCAAACAGCAGGAUCUGUUUCAUGUUCUCACAGCUUACUCUGUGUACAACACGGAGGUGGGCUAUUGUCAGGGCAUGAGUCAGAUCACUGCGCUGUUACUCAUCUAUAUGAAUGAGGAAGAUGCUUUCUGGGCGCUAGUUAAACUGCUGUCUGGACAGAGACACACCAUGCACGGUUUCUUUGUACCAGGGUUCCCUAAACUUAUGCGCUUCCAGGAGCAUCAUGACCGUAUCCUGCAGAAGAUGAUGCCUAAACUCAAACAACAUCUAGAUAACCAGGAGGUCUACACCAGCUUAUACACUAUGAAAUGGUUCUUUCAGUGUUUCUUGGACCGGACUCCGUUCACGCUGACAUUGAGAAUAUGGGACAUUUAUAUUCUGGAAGGAGAGCGAGUCCUCACUGCAAUGUCCUACACCAUCCUGAAACUUCACAAAAAAACACUCUUGAAGUUGUCUAUGGAGGAGCUGGUGAAGUUUCUACAGGUGACUCUGUCAAACGAUUUCUUUUUUGAGGACGACUUUGUUAUAGAGCAACUUCAAAACUCAAUGUCUGAGCUCAGACGGUCUAAACUGGAGCUGCCACCUCCAGGCAAGGAGGACGAGUACCCUAAGAAACCAUUAGGUCAGCUUCCCCCUGAGCCUCCAGGAUUGGCAGCGGCAGCAACCAAUCAUAUGGCUAACGGGCAGCCGGUGGGACAAACAAGAGAGGGUCUCCCCCCACGUGGUCCAAGCCCUGCAGUAAGUGUCAGUAAACGAGUAGACUCUGGUCCCGUCACCGAUGGUACACCCGAGAGGUACCAAGACAGUCGGCCGCCCAGCUCACUGGACAAGGUGCAUCAUCCAGAUAAAAUUGAGAGGGAUGGAAGGGGCGUAUACGCUCAUAAAGAAAGGGUGCCAGUCGGUGGAAAGGCUUCGACCCAGAACCAGCCGAAUCACAACUCUAAUGCAAGAUCCAGCAUGCGCCGAGAAAUUGGACCUCGCUGGGUCAAGCCUUCCGAGGGCAAACUGGAAGCAGUCAAAGCUGCAGCACUUCGGGAAAGCCAGCUGAGCCUAGCUACGGGUGUCCCACCCUCACCCAGCUCCCCAACUCCAGAUGAAGCCACCGGGGCACAGCGCCGACCCCGUUCACGAGCAUUUGCUCCAGGCUCCAACCGGGCUUCUAAUGCCUCGCAAUACGACAACGUCCCGGGACCAGACGGAGAAGUUAUGGAGAUUAUAGAACUGGAGAAACCACCAUCUCGUCCCCCAUCCCGACCAUACGUCGGACCUCCUUUGAGACAAGGCAGUCCCACCCGCCCCCCUAGUGGCGGAACUGGAGUCUCUCCCUUCAGGGUCCCCAAGCAAAGCAUGAUGCAGUCUAAACCAGAACCCCGUGCUCCUUUGCACUACCCACCCGGCAUGACGCCUGUCUACACUCCCUACAUUUCAGAAACCCGGCAAGAGGAGAGACUAUACAGCCAGUCGUACACAGAGCAAAUUUACGCAACUACAGGACGUGGCUCCUCUAACCCUUCGCCUGAGAAAACUGUGAUGAACAACAGCUAUUUAACCUACCGACGGCCACCACCAGACAUGCCCCCUCUCAGGGUUGCUCCGGCUGAGCUAUCAUCCCAGAUUGACAGUGCUGGCGAGGGUGUGUAUUACUUGAGACAGCCCACCCGACUCAUAGGGUCUCCUGCUUACCCAUCUACAGAACUGCGUUACGAGGGAAACAGAAGAAGAGAGGGCUGGUACGGGGAUGUGGAGGCAGGGCCUCCGCGGUCUCCUGCGGGAGUACCUCGAUCUCCCAGCUUCCAGAAAGCUCAGCUGUCUCCCGUUCACCCUGUUCAGGAGUUUAACUUUGGCCAAGCAAAUAUCUCGGAUGCUGUGCUUCACUUCAGAGGACCUUACCAAGAGCACUCAGGCAGGCAACAGCUCCCCCCGCUGUUUGGAGGAGCACACUACAGGCAAGCGCAGGAGGCCUUCGCAAUGCAGGAGUCCAUGCUGCUCUGAGAGAGACAGAUCAAGAGGAAAACACUGUAUGAGUUACGACUGGCAAGCAGUUUUGCAUCGAUUUAAUGUUUUUGAAUUAUGUUUCGUUUGUUCGUCUGUCCGUCUUACAAGUCUUAUCAAGCAAAAAUUGCCAGUUUUAGGCAUUCCUACCGAUCAAAGACCGACUGAAGAAUUUUACUUUUUUCCGUAGCUUUUUCUUUGUAAAAAAAAAAAAAAACAUUAACUGCCGAUGCGAGCUUUAUAACAGAGCUUAAAUGUGCAAACAGAGAUUGUGUUGUUUGUUUGGUUGGCACACUGAGAUAUUUAAAUGGAGGGUUAUGGCGAGUCUUUCUCGGAUGGACAAACUCAGUUACUGAUCGAUUAUCAUCUAUUUUUUUAUGCGUUUCAGACAUAAACACGUACUUUAGAGGACACUUUAUUCCUUGAUUGUGAAUAUAUUUUUUAAGAACAAAGAUUUGUGUAGGUUAGUUAUGUAUAAUUCUGAACAACUAUAACAGUGAAUAUAAUCGCUGUUAGAGCAUUUCAAUGCAUUACUACAGUGUUGAUAUGAAAGUAAAAACCUUGUUUGUAAGGUUCGUUUUUGAGGUUAUAUAGAUAUAUAUAUAUAUAUGAAAAUUCUGAUAUUUAAUUUUAAGUCGAAAGGGACGUUUAGGGAGUUUGUGCGAUUUUAAAAUCUGACCAGCAAGUAGAGGUUGGAUUUUAGUAUUUCAGUUUCAGUUCAUCAUGGUUAAAACUUUAGAAAUUAACUGACUGAUUUGAGUAAAAUCCUUGCAGCUGCCUUAGAUGCGGCCCGGACAUGACAAUAUUGCGUUAUUGUAACUACAGCAGAAAACUCUGUAGGGUGAUUUCAAGUAAAUUGGGCCACUUUUGACUGAAAUUCAUCCGAUAUAUGUUUGUCUGUGAUUCCCAGUGCAAAUUAUGCAAGUAUAUUCAGUAAUAAGUUGUAGCAUGCAGCUGAUGUGUUAAGUUGGUUGUACCUGUGCUAUGUGGAAUUCUUCUAAUGGAUGUUUUAUUGCAUUUUUGAAUUUAUAUUUCACAAAAAAGCACAGGUUUUACACAGUCGAGCUGUAUAAAUGAAUCGCGGAGUCUCGCUGAAUACUGUUCCCUAAUCUUAUUUGGGAAACUAGAUUAAAAGCUCCGUCAUUGUAACCCACUAACCUGGUUUUGAGUGAAGGCCUUUUUAUGGCUUCAAAACGUUUUCAAAUCAUGACUACAAAAAUUAAGAUGAAACAAGUAGCAUUGCUCGUCUAUUUUGUUCAUUCAUUCAUUCAAGUUUAGGUGAGGGAUUUCUCUGGAAAUGCGAUUUACAUAUACGUGUUUUAUUCUGUAAACUACUGAUAAGACAAUUUAAAUAGAAAAUAUAGUCAUUUAGUCACUAAAAAGGCCAUUAUUGCAGAUGUUUAUAUUCAAAAUUGUAACUUUGAUUGUCAAACAUAACAAAUUAAAGAUGUAUUAUUCUGACCAAUUUUCUAGGGGAAAUAAAUAAAUAGUCAAAAAUGCUCUAAAUGACAAUAUUUUUAUUUGACAUUUGAAAGAAAUGUUAUCAGACCUUUAUAGAAUAAAACAAAUAUUACAAUUUUACACUCACACAUAGCAGAGACUUUUACAGAGGUUGAGUGCAGUUUUUUUGUCAUUCCCUCCACCUACAGGGUCAUGAUGAGAUUAUCAUGUCAUGUUCCUGCAGGUGAAGACAUAAUUAUGACAUAAUACAUAAUAGAUGGAUUAUUUCACAAUAUAGCUUAAUGACCAGUCCAGAAGUCUUUCAGAACUGUUUACGCAACACACUUCUAAUGUAUUCCUUUUUGAUGUUUGCUCUUCGUAAUCAUAUCGCUGCAAAAUAAAGAAUAAAAACUAAACACUCCCUUAUUUUUUGUCAUGGACAAACAAGCUAAAUUAUUAAUAUUUGCUCUAGCUCCAAAUUGGUUCCUGUCUUUGCAGUAUACAGUAUAUAUACACUUCAUUUUGAUGCAGUAUUUCAAUUCCGAUUGUUUGAAUGAACAUUAUUUCUUUGUUAAACUACUAAAUGCAACUUGAUUAUCAGAUUUCCCCUUCUCUAAUAAAACAUGGGGUUAUUAAAAAGAAAAAGUCUGCUGUUUUGU